AUGAUUGCUAGUUUUAGUUAUUUGUAUAUAGAAAAUGCAAGUGUUAGUAGUGAUGAGCCUAAGGAUUCUGAAAGAAAAUCUACAAAUGAUCCAUUAUACAAGCUUUUUCAAAAAGUUUUUAUAAAUGACUCUUGGAGUUGUGUAUCAUUAAUUGAAAAGCCAUAUUACUUUGCAGAAAUCUUUUUUGAGAUGUGCUACCUGUAUGGUGACCAAAAUGCAGCAAAAACAUUAAAGACUGAACAACCAUUAUGUGUUGA